GUGGGGGGAGGAAGGUGGAGAAGACUGAGCAGCAGCCAGAGCAUGUUCUCGAUGCAACAGUUCCCUGCCCUGCCUCCGGAAGAAGAGCGUUACCGCCAGGUCCUCUCCACUGACCGGGUCUUAGGAACAGAUGAAGAUAAUAUGGGGGAUGGUUGCUCUCAGAAGCUGGCUUCUGCCAAAUACGUUCGACUUUUGCUAAUACUGAUUCCAUGCAUCUGUGCUCUCAUCCUCCUACUGGUGUUCCUGCUUACCUUUGUAGGUAUAUUAGAAAAAACAUGUUUUUAUUCAAAUGGGAGUGACCUUCUAGCUGCUGGUGGCAACAUUCGAACAUCUGACAUUCCUUUUCCAAAUAUUGUUGAAAAUGGUUCGGAUGUGGUUCCCACAGUGGAUCUCAAAGUGCUGCCAUCAUCCUGGACCCAAAGCCCUUUAUCCCAUGUUGACCAAAUGCAUGAAAACUUAAGCAUGUUUAGGCAGGCAUUACAGGAAGAUUCCUUGGCUCCUAUUACACCAGCCCCACCAUUCAACCCCACUACUACAGAUGUUGGUAUUUUGAUCAGAGCCCCUGAAGACCAUACGUGGUCAUUUGCCACUACAGAGGAGAAAACUCGUUGGUCCACAGACACAUCCAUCAAGAUCACAGACAGGAUAUCCUCUCUACCUACGUUAAGUUCUAUCCAUCCAGCUGCUGUACAAGAAAUGAAUCUGAAAAAAAGUGCCUGCAUAAAUAUCACGUACAGCCAGUGCCAAAUGCUGCCAUAUAACCACACCACUCUAACAUCAGUUCUUUCCAUUGUCAAAAGCAUUGAAAUGGAAAAGUUCCUCAAGUUCUUCAGUUAUCUCAACCGCCUCAGCUGUUAUCAACACAUCAUGCUGUUCGGCUGUAGCCUUGCUCUUCCUGAGUGCAUCAGUGAUGGUGAUGACAGUCGAGGACUCCUGCCCUGUAGAUCAUUUUGUGAGGCAGCAAAGGAAGGUUGUGAACCAGUUCUGGGGAUGGUGAAUUCUUCGUGGCCUGAGUUCCUCAGAUGCUCCCAGUUCCAAAACAGAACUGAAAAUGACAACACUACGAGGGUCUGCUUCUCGCCAUGGCAAGAGAGAGGAAAACAACUGCUGUGCGGAGGAGAUGAGAGCUUCUUAUGUGCCAGUGGAAUCUGCAUCCCCGGGAAACUACAAUGUAAUGGCUACAAUGACUGUGAUGACUGGAGCGAUGAGGCACAUUGCAAUUGCAGUGAUGAUGUGUUCCGCUGUACUACCGGGAAAUGCCUCAAUUACACCUUUGUUUGUGAUGGAUAUGAUGAUUGUGGAGACCUGAGUGAUGAACAAAACUGUGAUUGCAAUCCAUUGAAGCAACAUCGAUGUGGAGAUGGAAGAUGUAUAACGGUAGACUGGGUAUGUGAUGGUGACCAUGAUUGUAUAGACAAGUCAGAUGAAGUCAAUUGCUCAUGUUACAGUCAGGGUCUGGUGGAGUGCAGAAAUGGACAGUGCAUUCCCAGUGCUUUCCAGUGUGAUGGGGAUAAUGACUGUAAAGAUGGAAGUGAUGAAGAUAAUUGCAGCAUAUAUCAAACACUAUGUCAGGAAGGGGACCAGAGAUGUAUUGAUGCUUCCUGCCCUGAUUCUUGUGGCACCUCUUCUCUCUGCGACAUGCGCCAGACAAACUGUAGUCAGUGUGAACCAAUUACUCUGGAACUCUGCAUGAACCUGCCUUACAACUAUACUAACUACCCAAACUACUUGGGCCAUAGGACUCAGAAGGAAGCCUCCAUCAGCUGGGAAUCUUCCCUUUUUCCAGCCUUGGUUCAGACUAACUGCUACAAGUACCUUAUGUUUUUUGCCUGUACAAUCUUGGUGCCAAAAUGUGACCCUCAAACGAAUCAGCGUAUCCCACCCUGCAGGACGCUGUGUGAGCAUUCCAAAGAACGCUGUGAAUCUGUGCUUGGAAUUGUAGGCCUGCAGUGGCCAGAAGACACAGACUGCACUCAGUUCCCAGAAGAAAACUCAGACAACCGAACCUGCCUAACACCUGAUGAGGAUGUGGAAGAGUGCUCACCCAGUCACUUCAAGUGCCGUUCUGGAAGGUGUGUCUUGGCCUCCAGAAGAUGUGAUGGCCAGGCUGACUGUGAAGAUGAUAGUGACGAGGACAACUGUGGUUGUAGAGAAAGGGGUCUUUGGGAAUGUCCAUCAAACAAGCUGUGUAUCCAGCACGCCAUGAUCUGUGACGGCUUUCCAGAUUGUCCUGACAAGGUGGAUGAAAAGAACUGCUCAUUUUGCAAGGCGGAUGAGCUUGAAUGUGCCAGUCAUGAUUGUGUGCCAAGUGAGCUGUGGUGCGAUGGGCAGCUAGACUGCAUGGACAACUCAGAUGAAUGGAACUGUGUGACUCUAUCUAAAAACGCAAGCUCUUUGGCAUUCCUGACUAUUCACAGGUCAGCUACUGACUACCAUGUUUGUGCUGAUGAGUGGCAAGAAAAGUUAAGCCAACUGGCCUGCAAUCAAAUGGGUUUAGGGGGGCUGUCUGCAACAAAAAUUGUACAAGAAAAUGAGCAACUACACCAUCAAAAGUGGCUGAAUCUGCACUCUGACUGGAAGAAUAAAAAUGCAUCCACGUUACCUGCCCUUCUAGUGAAAGGGCAGUCAUGUCAAAGCAGAAGUAAAGUGUCCCUUCUCUGUAGCAAAAAAGAUUGUGGCCGUCGCCCUGCAGCUCGCAUGAGCAAGAGGAUCCUUGGCGGCAGGACUAGUCGUCCAGGACGGUGGCCGUGGCAGUGCUCUCUGCAGAGUGAACCAAGUGGGCACAUAUGUGGCUGUGUUUUGAUUGCAAACAAAUGGGUUUUGACGGUAGCACACUGCUUUGAGGGGAGAGAAAAUGCUGCAGUCUGGAAAGUGGUGUUUGGUAUAAACAAUCUGGAUCAUCCAUCAAUCUUCAUGCAGACCCGACUGGUGAAGACUAUUAUCUUGCAUCCACGCUAUAACAGAGCAGUAGUUGACUAUGAUAUCAGCAUUGUAGAACUAAAUGAAGAUAUCAACGAGACAAGUUAUGUAAGGCCAGUCUGCUUACCCAGCAGGGAGCAGUUGGUUGAGCCAGAUACCUACUGCUACAUCACAGGCUGGGGACACAUGGGCAACAAAAUGCCUUUUAAACUUCAAGAAGGAGAAGUUCGUAUUAUUUCCCUAGAACAAUGCCAGUCAUACUUUGACAUGAAGACCAUCACCAGCAGGAUGUUAUGUGCAGGGUAUGAGUCUGGAACUGUGGACUCUUGCAUGGGCGACAGUGGAGGACCUCUCGUUUGUGAGCAGCCUGCAGGACGCUGGACAUUGUUUGGUUUAACCUCAUGGGGCUCCGUCUGCUUUUCCAAAGUUUUGGGACCUGGAGUUUAUAGCAACGUGUCACACUUCAUUGAAUGGAUUGAAAGACAAAUAUACAUUCACACCUUUCUACUAAACUAAUACCAGAAGGGUAGUGUUGUGCUGACAUACAAGAGGCAAAGAUCAAUGGCCUUUGAACAUUGAAGAUUGUGCAAUCAAGAAACUUAAGAGGAAGUUACAAGCUCUGUGUUGUUGAUGGGGAGGUAUGGAAAAUGCAGCAUAAAUAAAUUGAUUAAACUCUCUGCCCCUGGAGAUACGUUGGGGCAGAACACUAUUUUUGUAAUCCUUUUGACUUUUCCUUUAGCUCUAUUGUGUGCAUUCCAAGCACAACACAAGGCUUAAAGGAAGAAUCAGCCAAUCUUCUGCCUUUCAGACAUUUAAAAUAAGCUGUAGCACAGACUUAGUAAAAACUAUAAAAGUUUUGGGAAAAAUAAACAGUAGCACACAGAGUUUUAGCCCACAAUUCUUGCAGUGAAGAAUAAAAUCACUACAUUCUCAAAGAUGACACUGAGGUCUAUAUUAAAAUUAGCCCUUCUGCUACCUCGAGUUUGCUCCCAUGUUAGCAUAGCAGGGCCUUGUCAAAAAUACAACCAGCAUGGGAGAAUGUGUAGUUCUUUGAGACAACUGAUAAGUGGAAGUUUUAGAUACUGUCACACUACAAUUAAGUCACAUAGUUCAGACUACUGUUAAGUGAAAGAUUUACCUCUAAAAUUCAGUACCUUCUGUUUUGAUUAACCUAAUGUAACCUGUACCAGAUAGUGUCCUAUAGAAAUAGUCACUGUAUUCAUAAAAGUAGUUUAAAAGUCCAAAACACUAUUAAUAUUUAAGUCACUGUUGCAUUGCAGUUUCACCUAGUGACAUGACAGUAUGUUUCAUUGUAUAUUAUGGGCUUAGGGGAUGGCAAAAUAACUCUCCCCGACCUCUAAAUAAUACAGCUGUGUCCAAAUUUCUCUAGUUCAGGGCUGCAUCUAACUCAUGCACGAUAAAAUAGAUUGUCGACAUCCUAAUCUCAAAUGCAAAAAGGUGUGGAAAUUACAACUUCCAGUAGCCCAGGCUCCAUCUUUCUCCGUAGGACCAGGUCCUCAGCUGGUGUAAUCUGGUAUAGCUCAGUUAAAGUCAAAGGAACCAUAUUGAUAUAAACCAUCUGAAGCUCUGGCCCUUAAUAGAGUGGAGCUGGGUUCUGAAAUACAGGAUUUUUAGGAAGUUUUGUUUUCAGUAUUAGGAAAAAAAUUGAAAAGAUGCUGUCAUAAAAUGAACAGCCUCUCCUGCCGUCUCUGUUCACCAAAAGAUGUACUUAAAGUUGGCUUUGAUUUUAUUGUAAAGCACUGGACCACUUAAAGCCAUUCUAUGUAUAUGUAAGCACUGCCAAGAAAUAAUAUUUAAGGUAAUUUCUUAUUUUCUCAUUGAUUACUUGGGCCUCAGCCUACCACCAGUUUUCUAGCAGAACUCCCCAGUAAAAUAAAUGAUUUCUGCUUAAAAGCCGGUGGCACCAUAUAGCCUAUUGAAUAUAAUCACCUUUGUUAGGAAAGGAUGCAUCCCAAGUGGCAUUAGAAAGGAGUAGUAGUUUUUUUUUCCAAAUAAUUUCUGCCACAACAUUCCAUGUAAAGAUGAUAUUUGUAAUUUUAUAAAUGUAUUUUUAUACUGCUUUCCCCCCCUCUAUAUGUGCACAUAAUAGUGUAUGUAGGUUUUAAAGAGUCAAACUUACUCCCUCCUUCCAAUGUAUUAGUCCUUUCCUGUGUAUUGUCAUUUUUCUGACAAUCAGAAUUAUCUAACAAUUGUAUCCCCAUUUUAAGGUGAUAAAAACACAUUUGUUGUUUCACUUCUAUCACAGCUACAGCUCCACCUGGAAUUAACAUUGCACCAACUAGGCAGAUGUGUUUAUUUCUACCCCUAUUAAACAAAUAUGUACAACAAUUUUCCAAUAAUUUCUGUGAUCUAAAAUAAACAUGUUUUUAUUCUGGCCAGAGACUCAGUUCAAAUGGAAGGAGUUAGAGGCAAGGCUAUACCUCUACUCUCUUGUGAUUGUGUGUUUCAAAUAGCCCUGAAACCAUAUUGGCAUACAUGUGCCAAGCUGCUUACUGUACCACUGCUAGCCUCUUCUUAGCACAGUAUCAGUCUGUUCAGGUUCUGUCUCUACAACUUACCCAUAUUUCUCAUGGGUGUUACCAAUAAAGAAUAUUAAUAGGAAGAUGAAGAAGUGUGACUGCUUACAAAUAUUUUGGAUUAAAUUACAUUUUUGUAGUGGGAAAUUUAAAAAAACCUACUAAGCCAUAUAACCUUCUCUGAAUAUCUUUAGAUCAGUAUUUCUCCAAUGACAUUAUUUCAAAAUGAUUAGCAUUGGUAUGGACAAACAAUAGGCAGAGUCUCAGCACUAUGUAAAUGUGCAGAGAGCAAAAUAUCAGUUGUAAUGUAACUAGAACUAGACAGAAAGAUUACAUGAAGCCUUCCAUCCCCUGUAUGUUA